UCUGUGCGCGCGCAGCCCCGCAGGUGGGUGGGGGAGCGGGAGGAGGAAGAGGAAGAGGAGGAGGAAGAAGGGGAAGAGCCGGGCCAGGCUCCACCCUCCCGGUGGUCUGGCCGGUGUCUCGGCUGCUGCGGCGGGCUGGCGGCUCGGCCGGCAGAAUGACAACCUCUUGUGUGAUGAAACUUUUAUGUCAAGCAACCAGACAUGAGAAUAGACAUGCAAAAAGAUUCUUUGGUACUCUUCUGACACAAACACCACAAAAGAGGGUCUUUUCCCCAUUCUGUGUGCUGGUACCUGACCCUAGAAAGUCAACUGUGUUUGGACUUGCUCAACCAUUUUGUACAGCUGAAAAAUCUCACACAGAACCGAAAAGGAAAGCAGCAUUUGGAAGUGUUGGGCGAAGAAUUCCUGAUCGGAUUUUGCACUUAAUCAACCAGGAUGGAGAGAGCUUAGGAAAUAUGCACCGAGCAGAGGCACUCAAACUUAUGGAUCAGCAUGACCUGAAACUAGUUCUCCUUCGUGCGAAUGCAGAACCUCCUGUAUACAGACUAAUGACUGGGCAGCAGAUUCAUGAAGAACAGCUUAAACGUGCAGAGAAGAAAAAAGCAAGUCCAAGAGCAGAGACGGUUCAGAAGGAGUUAUCCUUUUCUUCAGCAAUUGCCAAGAAUGACUUGGAAACCAAGACUAAACAGAUAGCACAGUGGAUUGAAAAGAAAUACCAUGUGAAAGUUACCAUCCGGCAAGCAAAGGAUAGCACUACAGACAUGUUCAUGAUUUUUGACCAGAUUUUGGAGACUGUGGCUGAGAAAGCCACUUAUCUUUCUAAGCCAAGAGUUGCUAGAGAAGGGGCGAGUACCUGUAUUUUGAGACACAUGUCUGACAAAGAGUUGAAAGCAUACCAGAAGAUUGCAGAACAGAAAAACAGUGAAGCAAAAAAAGAUGAAAAUGAAGAUCUGAAGUCAAGUGAAUUUCAUCAGUGACCAUCAGUGACUUUACAAAGAGGUGUAAAAAAAUACGAAUUUAAAAAAAAUCCUACAAAAAUAAAGUUAUUGUUGAACUUUG